CGACAAGUAAAUUUGCAUUAGCAAGCAAAAGGAGUCCACAAAGAGAGAAGUGAAAAAAACAGAAAUACAAAAGCAAUGGCAACUUCGCUCUCUUUUUCGCCAUCGCUCUCUCUCAACACUCUCUUCUUCAACAAAACGCUUCCAUUUCCUCGCUCUUCUUUACUCCGCCGCCCUUUCUCCAAAUCCCUAAUUCCAAUUUUCACGCGCCGCUGCACCUUCGCCGUGCGCGCCCAAUCUCAAAACGGAGCUGAUGCUGUCGCCGUCCACUACGACUUUGACCUCUUCACCAUCGGCGCAGGAAGCGGCGGCGUCCGAGCCGCUCGCUUCGCCGCGAAUAACGGUGCUUCUGUUGCUAUCUGCGAGCUCCCUUUCUCCACCGUCGCUUCCGAAACCACUGGAGGCGUCGGCGGAACCUGUGUAAUACGGGGAUGCGUGCCAAAGAAGUUGCUUGUUUAUGCAUCAAAAUUUUCUCAUGAGUUUGAAGAAAGUCAUGGUUUUGGCUGGAGUUAUGACAGUGAGCCCAAGCAUGAUUGGAGUAGUUUGAUAGCUAAUAAAAAUGCUGAGUUGCAGCGUCUUACUGGCAUCUACAAGAAUAUCUUGAACAAUGCUGGGGUCAAGCUGAUCGAAGGGCAUGGAAAGAUUAUAGAUGCUCACACGGUUGACGUUAAUGGUAAGCAAUAUUCAGCCAAACACAUUUUAGUUGCCGCUGGAGGUCGUCCCUUCAUUCCUGAUAUUCCUGGGAAGGAAUACGCAAUAGAUUCAGAUAUUGCCCUUGAUUUACCAUCACAACCUGGGAAAAUAGCUAUUGUUGGCGGUGGUUACAUUGCCUUGGAGUUUGCUGGUAUCUUCAAUGGUUUGAAAAGCGACGUUCAUCUCUUUAUACGGAAAAAGAAGGUUCUGAGGGGAUUUGAUGAAGAGAUUAGAGAUUUUAUUGGAGAACAAAUAUCUCUGAGAGGUAUUGAAAUCCAUCCUGAGGAGUCUCCCCAAGCUAUUACGAAGUCAGCUGAUGGUUCAUUCACUUUAAAAACCAACAAAGGUACAAUGAAUGGUUUCUCACAUAUUAUGUUUGCUACUGGACGAAGACCUAAUACUAAGAACAUAGGGCUGGAGUCUGCUGGUGUGAAACUAGCUAAAGAUGGAGCAAUAGAGGUUGAUGAAUACUCUCAAACAUCAGUUCCUUCAAUCUGGGCAGUUGGAGAUGUUACAAACAGAAUAAAUCUGACCCCAGUUGCUUUGAUGGAGGCAGGGGCAUUAGUUAAAACACUGUUUCAGGAUAGCCCAACAAAACCUGAUUAUAGAGCUGUUCCUGCCGCUGUAUUUUCUCAACCACCAAUUGGACAAGUUGGUCUUACUGAAGAACAGGCUUUACAACAGUAUGGAGAUAUUGACAUCUUCACUGCAGAUUUUAGGCCACUGAAAUCUACUCUCUCUGGGCUUCCUGACCGGGUGUUUAUGAAAGUAGUAGUCUCUGCAAAAACAAAUGAAGUUUUGGGUCUGCAUAUGUGUGGAGAAGAUGCUCCUGAAAUUAUACAGGGGUUUGCAAUUGCUAUUAAAGCUGGCUUAACCAAGGCUGACUUUGAUGCCACAGUAGGCGUUCACCCAAGUGCAGCUGAGGAAUUUGUUACCAUGAGGACUCCUACUAGGAGGAUUCGAAAGAGUCAAUCAUCUGAGGGAAAGUCGGGUUCUGUAAAAGCUGCAGCAGGAGUUUAACUAUAUUGCUCUGCUUAAUUGUUAUACUCGAAGAAACCAGUCGGUGCCUCAAGUGGAUAUUAGUAUCUUGUUCGUGCAGUGGUGCCAUAUGACACGUGGACAAGUAAAAUUACGAAAUGAUAUGUACUUUCAGUAACUGACUGGGUUAGUUGUCUAUUUUCUGAUUCUUAACCAGAUUGGUUAUCACUGAAAUUAUCGUGAUUGUCAAAUUGUUGGACGAAAUUCAGGACGAUCUUCAGCGACUGAGUUUUCAGCACAGUGCAUGGAAUGUUAAAGUGACCCCGGAGAAGGCGAGUGAAGUUUUCGUUGCCAUUUUAUUUAAUUAUUUUCAUUUUUCUUUCGCCAGUCCUUUCAUGUACAAAAAUAAUAGGAAAAUCCUUGUGGGAGUUUGAUUUAAAAUAGUCUUUUUGUAUCGAAUUUGUAGUGGGAAUCAAGACAAAAGUCAAUGGUCAUAAUGAAUAAUGGUUUUCUUUUGUAAUA